CAGCUGGAGCACAAACUCCAGAGACGGUUUUGAUAGAUGUGAAGUUCAUUGAACUGAGCUGCUGCCUUCACAAGGGUGAUAGGUGAAAACAAUAUACAGAUGAUCCUGAAGAAUAUGCGGUUUUAGGGCGCUGACCCCUAUGCAAGCACAAAUCUGCACUUGAUUUUACAGUCCGCCCUCUGUAUCUGCAGUUCCACAUCCAUGAUUCAACCCACUGGGGACCGUGUAGUACUGAGUACAUAUUUAGUGAAAGAAAGCUGCAUAUAAACGCAGUUCAAACCUAUGUUCAAGGGUCAACUAUUUUGAAGGCUACGUUGCUCCCUGGGGGUGGUUUGCGGUUUUCAGCUGGGUCCUCUGAAUCAGGGAGAAACUUCCUCAGUGGAGAGGUGAGGGUGAACCUUGAAACCAGCCUCUGAGUGUUCAACCCCAUCCCUCCGCAAGCACUGACACCUCAAGUGUGUCUGGGGAGUGGAGAAGCUUGGUGAACCCCUCGAGGUUGAACCAACAUUUACCAAAUGCAUUUGCUCUGGAUUCUGCCCAGCACCAGGCGCUGAGAGGCAGCGAAGCACAGUGAGAAGAGGUUUUGGAGAAUUCAUAUUCAGGGUUUGGAUUCCUCUGCCCAGCUUGAGGCAGAGCCACUCUCAGCUCCUGGGAGAGCCUGGAACCCUGGAGCCGUGGGGCAGCCUGGUCUGAGGGGGGCGCUCUGCACCACCCUGGCUGCAUCCUGGCUAGGGCCCUGGCCUCUUCCGGCCAGUCUGCUCUCAGUGGGGUGGGGUCAAGCUGAAGGGGCUGGCUGUGCGCUGGAGCCCGAGUGAGCUGCCUGCUAAUGGGGCUGGGCCACCCCGCACGGCUCUCUGGAGGCUGGACAAGGCUGGGAUUGUUCUCUGGCUCCCCUUUGUCUCCCACUCCCCGCCCAGGCCUGGCCCGCCUGCCCGCCACUCUCUUCUCCCUCCCAUUGGCCCGGCUGGCAAGAGCCAGGGACUCCACCCGUGGAGCCCGGGGCCUGCCGACCCACCGGCUUAGGAGCGCCCAUCAAACUCUGGGUCAACGUGGAGGUGCCGGGCCACCAUGCUCAGUCUCAAGCUGCCCCAACUCCUUCGCGUCCACCAGGUCCCCAGGGUGUUCUGGGAAGAUGGUAUCAUGUCUGGCUACCGCCGCCCCACCAGCUCGGCCUUGGACUGUGUCCUCAGCUCCUUCCAGAUGACCAACGAGACCGUCAACAUCUGGACUCACUUCCUGCCCACUUGGUACUUCCUGUGGCGCCUCCUGGCGCUGGCGGGAGGCCAGGGCUUCCGGUCGGAGCCCUACCACUGGCCGCUGCUCGUCUUCCUGCUGCCCGCCUGCCUCUACCCGUUUGCGUCGUGCUGCGCGCACACCUUCAGCUCCAUGUCACCCCGCGCGCGUCACAUCUGCUACUUCCUGGACUACGGCGCGCUCAGCCUCUACAGCCUGGGCUGCGCCUUCCCCUAUGCCGCCUACUCCAUGCCGGCCUCCUGGCUGCACAGCCGCCUGCACCAGCUAUUUGUGCCCGCCGCCGCACUCAAUUCUUUCCUGUGCACCGGCCUCUCCUGCUACUCCCGGUUCCCAGAGCUAGAAAGCCCUGCGCUCAGUAAGAUCCUCCGCACGGCUGCCUUCACCUAUCCCUUUCUGUUCGACAACCUCCCGCUCUUCUAUCGGCUCGGACUGUGCUGGGGCAGGGGCCACAGCUGUGGGCAGGAGGCACUGAGCACCAGCCACGGCUACCACCUCUUCUGCGCGUUGCUCACUGGCUUCCUCUUUGCCUCCCACCUGCCUGAGCGGCUGGCACCAGGACGCUUUGAUUACAUCGGCCACAGCCACCAGCUAUUCCACAUCUGUGCAGUGCUGGGCACACACUUCCAGCUGGAGGCGGUGCUGGCUGAUAUGGGAUCUCGCCGAGCCUGGCUGGCCAUGCAGGAACCGCCGCUGGGCCUGGUGGGCACAGUGGCCACACUGGGCUUGGCAGUGGCUGGGAACCUGCUCAUCAUUGCUGCUUUCACAGCUUCCCUAUUUCAGGCUCCCAGUACGUGCCCCCUGUUGCAGGGUGGCCCGCUGGAGAGGAAUACAAAGGCCAAACUACAGUGAGGCCCCAGCUCUGAGCCUGCCCUGGAGGGAAGCAGAGGCCAGGUGCCCCCCCCCGCCCCCGCCCCCGUGCUGGGGAGGAGCCCAGACCCAGGCCUGAUAAGACAGGGGCACUUCUGAGCCUGGAACCAAGAGGAGUGGCUGAGGAGAGAGUGCGGAGAUCAGAAGGCAGAGGAGAGGAGAGGGGCUGGGAGGCUGGUAGAGAGUAGGAGGGUCAGGGAGGGUGCUCUUGAUGGGGCUGGGGGAAGUGCUGAGGGUCUGAGAGGGGAGGUGCGUGUGUCCAGGCUGGAGCUGCCCCACCUGCCAUUGAAGGCUGGGAUGGGGAGGUGUUGGGCCCUUUCAUCUGGUCCCAUCUCUGGUGCUCCUGGAGUUUCUGCUCAGCCCAGGCAAGAACUAACAUGACUAACCCAGGCCCAUCCUGAAUGCUUAUUAACCAGGCCAGGAGGCCCGCUACUGCCCCCACCCCCAAACCAGGCAGUACCAUCUACCGGAAGCUCUUUGCCUAUGGCGAUGAGGCUGUCUGUCCUGGUCACAGCCGUGUACUCCAGGCGUCCAGGCCUUUGGGAUCUGGUCUAUUUGGGUGUGUCACGGAUGGGGCAGUGGGUUGAGGUGGGGGAGGGUGCUGGGCUAGAGAGGAGAACCCUAUUUAGACUUUAGGAAGCCACCUUCAAUGCUUCUGGACUGAGGCAGGGAUAAAUAAAUAACUCAACAACAGAUUUUGGGAAGCACUUUCUGGGACUGAAAAAG